CCCCACCCCACCCCGGCAUGGUCAUGUGAUCAUAUUUUGAGUGCUCAGUAACUGGCCCUCAUCUACAUCUGUUUGCAGUGUCCCAUGGUCACAUGACUACGAUUUAAUCUGUUUGUUUGACAGAAACCAGCGUUUACUUUCAAUUUUCCACCCAUUGGGGAAGAUAGACUCACUUAACAAUCAUGGUAGUUACUUAAUGACUGCUGCAAAAAAGGUUGUAAAAUUGGCUGUGAUCAGGUGACCCAACAAACAGCAUGAUUUGCAACCAUAAUUCCAGGCUAACUUACGGUCAUAAAUCAAGGACUACCUGCAUGCAAGCUCUAAGAAACCCUGAGUCAAACCAUUUUUACAUUAUGGCUGUAAGGCAACUUUGCUGUCCCCCUGACAUCUGUGUGAGCCAGGCAGAAGAAUGUUGAAGUUAGAGAUGAAUUAUUUCUGGCUGAGUGGUUUUAGAUCCUUGGUCUCUUUAUUAGUUCUGUGGAGAGACUAAAAAUAAUGACCUGAUACUUGAAACAAUCACCUGAAAUGAUAGCUAAAUAUGCUGCUAGGUAAAUAAUUAGUCAUGAUAAGACUGUCUUGAAAGGAAAUGAGUGGCACGUCAAAGAAAUGAAAAAGGAAAUUGAUUUAUUUUGCUAGAACUGAUGAAGGAAGAAGUUGAUUUUCUUUAUAAUCUUUUAUUGACAUUUGCAGCAGGUAAAUUUCGGGCCUUAGGGAAGGGGUUUCUCGAUUAAAAGAUGAGUCAACCAUGUUGACAUGAGUAAGAGUGUACAAAGGUUCACAUGCUGCUCUGUAAGUUUGCUUCUUAGUUUCUGUUCAUCAUUCUCUUAGUUUCGAUUCAUCAGUCAUCAGUUCCAUCCCCUUGGACACUGCAAGAUUCACUACCCCAUUUCCAGUAGAUGAAAACCUUCAGGGAAGGCACAAGUUCAGAUCAAAUCCUUCAGACAGGAACCAUUCUUCUCAAAAGCUUUAUCAGGGAUCGGGUACAGUGCUGUGGAGAUUCGGAACGCAUUGAGGUGACCAUGGCAGAGCUUGAAAAUCCAGAGGCUCAGGCUUGUAAUUCCAAUACCAAAUCACUAAGUGACUGCCUGCGCCGGAUUGGAGAUGAGCUGGAUGGAAACACGGAGCUGCAGAGGAUGAUAGAACAAGUUCAGAUGUAUCCCCCCAAGGAAGUUUUCUUUCGAGUGGCUGCUGAGAUGUUCUCGGACGGUGCUUUUAACUGGGGCCGUGUGGUGGCAUUGUUUUAUUUUGCAUGCAAGUUGGUCCUAAAAGUAGUGUGCAGUAAAUUACCAGAGCUCCUAAGAACUGUCAUCAGCUGGACGAUGGAAUAUAUCCAGGAACAUGUCCUGUCCUGGAUCCAAGCCCAGGGAGGAUGGGAAGGCCUCCUCUCCUUUUUCGGCACCCCCACUUGGCAAACCAUUGCUGUCUUUGCUGCGGGGGUCUUGACUGCCUCACUGACCUUCUGGAAGAUGUCUUAAUCCUCAGCCCCCUCCUCAAGGAGGACCUUUUCCUUACAAGAACAAGUGGAGGAGGGGCAGGUUCCCCCCCACCAUUUCCUAACCAAGAAAAAAACGUUUUAGGAUUCCUUUUCAGACCUGUGCUGUUGCUCAUAUUUGGUGCCUUUUUUUCAAAAAAGUUGCACACUUUUUUGUUUUGACAAGUGUGUACUUCUCGCUUGCUUUUUCCAAUCAAUCAGCCUCUUGGACUUAGAGGUCCGAAGACAUUAAGAUUCUACAGUUUUGAAACAAUGACGGGGAACAAGGUUGAAGGAUGCAAGUUGAUUAGUUCUCUCUACCAGCAGUUUGCAAAUAACUGCUAAACGUUUAUACCGAUUUUUGGAAGAUUAAUCCCAGAUUUCUUCUGCUAGCAGAAAUAGCAGUGCAUUUGUCCAGCAUCCUCAGAUUAGAUGUUUUCUAAGGGAUCCGUGCAAACAAGUUUUGAUACUUUAUGUUUUUCUUUCCUCGAACAGAAACUGAAUUUUGGCAAUAUCCUGAGAGAAAACCAACUUCUCUCCUUAGUAAACUUUGAAUAAAUUACACUUCUGCUGGUAAAUCUUUUUUAAAAAACAAAAGAACAACAACAGGUCAUUGAUCUGGUCACAAUCAAAGUAGAGGAAAUAUUUACAAGCCUUUUGCAACUAUUGAUGCGUACAGGACUUUUUUGGCUGACUUUUUACACAGGAACUGUAUUGCUGGAAAAUGAGAAUUUGGAAGCCAUCCUUCGUUCUGCUAGAUCUGUGUUUUUCUGUAGAAAUGCUCUGAGGGACACUAAAUAGAAACAUGUUCUAAUCUAAAUGGGUCUGUCCCCAGUCCAAGCAAACAGAAGGUGAGAAAAAUGCUUUAUAAAAGCAACAUGUCUCCAGGUGAAACACAGAAGACAUCGCAAGAUUGAGACGAAAUGACUGGAAGAUUCCCUUCCCUUUACUGCUUCAUUCUGUCCUCAUAGGAAAUAACUUUUCACUUGCCUUGGAGAUCUGAGUCAAGAAAUGGAGAAGAGAGAAUGCAAAGGGCUUCUGAUCUAUUUAUUCUACAAGAAUUUUUUUUUCAUUGCUCGCUUCUUCUCCGUUUCUAUAUUUUACCUCAGCCUUCCCCAAUCUUGUGAUCUCCAGAAGUUUCUCAAAUAGUAUGCUGGUUGGGAAUUCUGGAAGUUGCAUUCUUAAUCGAUUUGAAAGGGGCCAAGUUGAGGGAACCUGUUGACUCGAAUCACCCUUGGAGGUUUCUUUAGUCUUUAGACUUGGCCAAAUAAAAAAGAAAUCUCCAGGAAAUCCAGCAAGUCAUACUCUCUUCUACCAUAUCCUAGUACUUUGUAUCUCAUUAUAGCUGUGAUAACGGUUGAGACAUUUGGCUGCAUGUGACUAUUGUGGGGUUGUUUGCUUUUUUGGCUACAUUGCUUCUUUAUUUUCAUGUGUGCAAUGAUAAACAUUGUGACUGCAGAUCUAUGUGCAAAAGAUGGAGCAUCUGCUUAUAUGCCCCCAAAGUAUGCCCACAUAUUGAUACCCAUCUUGGAUUAUGGAUUUCACGUUGAUAUUUAUUGGUAUGCAGGAAAUAUUUAUCAUUCUCGGAUCAGGAAUAGAAACAUGAUCCUCCAGAUCAAUGGUUAAAUGCCUAUGGAGAUUCUCAGUCAUCCAUGUCAUAGUUUGCCCAACUAUGGGACAUCUGUGGGACUCCAGAUUAAUGUUUCUCAAUCUCAGCAAUUUAAAGACAUGUGGACUUCAACUUCCAGAAUUCUGGGAAUUGAAGUCCACAAAUCUUCAAGUUGCCACAGUUGAGAAACAUUGCUCAGGAUGCUGCUGAAUUAUAAAUUCCCAGCUGCUUCAACUGCCAUGGGUGUUGCUGGGAAUUUGUACUUCAGCAGCCUGUAAUGAGGAGGCCACAUAUUCCCACCCCUGGUUUUAACAUUUCCCAAAAGUAUUUACAUUCACUUUUAUCUUCCAGUCGAUCAACGGAUAAUCAAAAUGUGUCUUUACACUUCUGUAAAGUGUACAGUGUUUGCCUUCCAAAUGAAUCUUUUCAAGCUAUAUUGAACUAGAAGGGGGUGGGCCAAAUAAUAUAUUGUUGAGCUAUUUGACCAGGAGUUAGGGUACUGAAAUUGUUGUGGUGUAUCAAGCUAAGUGAGAGACACACAAAAAAAAAAAAAUCAGCAAUACCAGUUCUAUUGCUUAUUUGGUGACUUUUGGUCAUCAGUCUUCCCUGUUGCUGCCACAACAUCUUUGUUGUUUUAGCUUCCAGGAAUGAAAGAUGGCAUGCAUAGCUCUGAUAACCUACAUUGGGUUAGACCAGGGAUGGGGAACUAUGGCACUUUUAUGACUUGUGGACUUCAACUCCCAGAAUUCCUGAGCCAGCCAUGCUGGAAUUCCCAGGAAUUCUGAGAGUUGAAAUCCACAAGUCAUAAAGGGGCCAUAGUUCUCCACCUCUGCCUUAGACUAUUGGUGUCUUUCACACAAUUUAGUCCUAGCCCUGUUUGUAAAGCAAGUAAUCUCUGCUAGUGAGUGAGCAUGUAUGCCAAUUUGCAUCCCCUAAAAAAAAAAACCCAGCUCACUGUGUUUUUCACUCACCAUAAGGUUGCCUGGUGCUGUUCCUUAAAAUUGUGGCCUUCCAGGUCAAAAAGAGCCAAGGUACGAGCAUUGGGAAUCCAGAUGGUCCCAUCCAUCAGAGAUGUUUAAAAAAAAAAAAGCUGGCACAUGGGGUUUAAACUCCCCCCCCCCACUGCCACUUGUGGCUUCCUUCUCAGCAUGUUUUGUGAACAAAGCCAAUAUAAGCUAUCAUUUGAUAGUGCUAGGACUGCCAAAUCUGUCAGACAUUGAUCGGUGGCAACCAUCAAGUAGGAGUCAGGGAAUUCUUUCAGAUCAUUCUUAGUUGCAAAGAAAUGGUUGUGGCAAAUGUGGUAGAGGAUUUUUAAGGCGGUGGUUAUCCAGUUCUAGAAACCUGGUUUUUUUCCAUCCUCUUGCCAAUUCUAAGUGGGGUAUCCCUGUCAGACUACCUGAUACAGUUGUACAUUCUUCUGUCGUUGUGCUCAAUUUAUAUAAUGGCAGCACAUCAAGCUAGGCUAACAUCUGAGAUCUGUUUUGUUAUCCUUUGUAGAUUUAGCCAGCGAAUGACCCUUCUAUUCAUCCAAGCACAUUGGUUCAGCUGGAUGCUACAAGUUGCGGCUGGAGAUGAGAGAUAAUGAGAGAUAAGGUUUAGGGGCAGUGAAUGCAGUGGAGGCAGGAGUGGGUCAAUAUGAAUUAAUUGUACUUGAAUAAUUAUAUUGGGGAGGGAUUUUGUUACCUCAGGGGGUUGGGUUAGGGAGGGAAUGAAUUGCCAUUAAGGGUUGGGCUUAGGUAGUCCGGACAAAUUCCAUUUUUCUCAGAAGAGCCAGAAGCAGAACAAUGCAUAAAAAACAUGGGUUUGUGGACGCUGAGGCUUCUGUUGUAAUUCUUUAAAGUAUUUUGGGGUGCUGUGGAUUUUCAUAAUAUAAUAAUUUUGGAAUUGUGAAGUAAAAGAGUCCAGGAGUGUGAAUUUACUGGACUAGGGGUGGGUUGGAUUGGGUUUAUCUAGAUCUUUGGCUUACUUUUUGUAGUGCUUUGAUAUUUCAAGCUGUGUGGGUUUUUUUCUUUCAAAAUUUCUGGCUCUUUGAGGAGGUGUGGCUUAUAGAUAGCAUGGCUGUGUUUUAUGGCAUUAGUUUGGGAUUAGCAGGCAACAAUGCUGUGGGAUUUUUGGGCAGUUGGCUAUUAAUUGUCAAUUGAGAUUCAGUUAUGCCUAAAUCUGUGCUGUGUCGCCCUGGAUUUGUACCUUCAUAUGGAUGAUGUUUUGUUUUUGUUCAGAUGCUUAUUUUGCAUCAUGCUUCCCUUCCCCAAAAGUAUGGGGGACCCUUCUCAUUGCACCAGCAUGUUCAAUUAUUCUUUUGCCACCCAGUGUUAAAAAUACACGCAUCUUGCACAUGGGCAAGUAGCCAAUGUGAAACAAGUAGCUACAACAAAUAACCCUGGGUGGAUUGCCUCUGGGCGUUUAUCUUUCUUAGCCAACAGUCUUCAUGGAUGGGCAAGUUCCUGAGGAACUGUUCAGUUCCUCCUGCUCCAUAUCCCCUUAACUCAGCACAGGACCUCUGUGCUACAUCAGUAGACUGCUGAGAUGAAGAGUAAGUCUUAGCCCAAAGUUCCUGUUCCAAAGCUCCAAAGUUAGCCAGAGGUAGUGUUGAUGGUUGCUCAGCCAGCUUAAGUUUUUCAUCUUUGCCAUCAGAUUCACUUCAUUUAUUUGUUCAGAAGGCAAGGAAGGAAGGAAACAAUAUUUGAAACUGUCAGCCGUGUGGGCAAUUUAGACAGAACGCUAUUCUCUUAGCUGGCCCCAAUCUGGUAUCUUUGCCUGCUUAAUCAUCUAUCCUAACAAGCUGUCAUGUUUUCAAUCAGGAAUUAAAUUCUUGAAUUAUGUAUAUUUCUGGGGUUUGACAUAUACCGCAAGAGGUCUGCAGGCCUGAGACACAGUGGCUGACAUGGUCGGUAGCUGUGCCUCUUAAGGUUGGAAUCCAGUCACAUCUGAUUGUAAAGCCAACGUUAACAUGCACCCAGGUUAGCUGUUCUAUUGUUCAAGUUUAUUCAUGUCUGUAUUUUCUAUGCAAUUGACCCUUCCCUUACUUAGGCAAUAGUUUCUACAUUUUUUUUAACAAAAAAGUUUUUUUGAAAACUACCUUACCAUUUUAUAAUUUUUUAAAAAAAUGUUUGAUUCAUCUUUAAUCUGUCAAUUGAAGUUACAAUGGAUUUUUUUUGUUAGUGUGGAAAUUAAAAAUGAGAAAAAAAAACUUAA